GGGAUGGCUCUGCAGCAUUUCUGUACUGGUGCAGUGCAGACAGCAGAUAGAGCAUUAAGGUGUGCAGAACAAGGGGGACUACAUUUAAAAAAUAGAACAACAUAAAACAGCAGACAUCAUGAGCUACGACCCCUAUAAUCCCCGCAGGCCCUGGGAUGAUUAUAGGAGCAUCCGUCCAGCCAAGUCCACCAUCUCCUCCUCCAUGUAUCCCCCGCAUCGAUCCUCCCCCUCCAUGAAGCGGUCCAUCCGGACCCCCCUCUCCUCCAUGCCGGACUCCCUGGACAGGUUGGAUCUUUCCCAGGUGAGCACCCUCAACACUGAAUUGCUCAGCCUGAGAGCCAAGGAGAAGGAGCAGCUGGUGGACCUCAAUGACCGCUUUGCCACCUACAUUGACAAGGUCCACUAUCUGGAGCAGCAGAACAAGGUGCUACUGGUGGAGCUGGAAGCCCUCAGACAGAGGCAGAAUGACCCCUCCCGACUGCACCACAUUUAUGAGCAAGAGGUGCGCAGCCUGAGGGCUCUGCUGGACACGGAGACCAAUGAGAAGAUGCGCAUGGAGGCGGAGAGGGACCACCUGCGGGAUGUCUAUGGCCAGAUGAAGGACAAGUAUGAGGAAGAGGUGCAUCUGCGAAUGGAUGCUGAGGACGCCCUGCAGAAGAUCCGGGAGGAGGCAGAUAAAGCGGUGCUGGCCAACAGCGAUAUUGACGGCAGCAUCACCUCCCUGGUGAAUGAGAUCUCUUUCCUCAGGAAGGUCUUCUCCGAAGAGAAUAAUGAGCUUACAUCUCAGAUCCAAGCUGCCAGCAUUACUGUAGACAAGGAGGUGGCCAAGCCUGACCUCUCCCUGGCUCUGAAGGAGAUCCGAUCUCAGUAUGAGAAACUGGCCAACAAGAACAUGCAAGCCGCUGAAGACUGGUACAGGGCCAAGUUUGCCACUGUUGCUGAGAUGACCACCAAGAACAACGAAGCGGUGAGGUCCAUCAGAGAAGAGACCACAGAGUACAGGAGGCUGCUUCAGUCCCGGUCCUCAGAGAUCGAAGCCCUCAAGACUGUCAUCCAGUCCCUCAACAAGCAGCUAGAGAAUCUGGAGGAAAGGCAGUCCAGAGAAGUUGAGAAGUAUCAGGAAAGGAUAAACGAGUUAGAGAAAGAUAUCAAUGAUGCCAAGCAGGAGAUGGCACACUACCUGAGAGAAUAUCAAGAUCUCCUGAAUGUCAAGAUGGCCUUGGAUAUUGAAAUAGCUGCAUACAGGAAACUUCUGGAAGGCGAGGAGAUCAGGCUGUGCUUUUCCUCAAUGCCUGCACUCAGCUGAACAGGAAACCAGCCGAACGAGUCGGCACAGAAGCCAGCCGUGCCCUUGUUAAUUUACCUAACAAGAGGUCCAUUUCAAACUCCCCCUUCUUCUCCACACACCGUGUAUCUGAUUGUCAAACACUGAAAGCGCAGGAGAAUCUGAACAAACCCAAAAUAGGAAACUGAAAGAAACAGCUGCAUUAACUAGCAACCAGCAGACCAGUGCACAGUAUUCUUUUGGUAAUAGUAUCUGUAGUUGAAUUCUUUGCAUAGGUUAUCAUUGCAAUAAAAUUCUUCAAAAUUAUAGCUUCAUAAUUAUAUUCCAUAUUUCAAAUGGCAUUAUUUAUAAAGGUUAUAAAUAAAAUAUAGGCAAAACAAAGCUCAAAUUAAUUCACUCUAAAUGAUAAGAUGUUGAAAGUAAACUAUUAAUUACUGUACUGUGGCUUAUUAUGUUCUGUCCGGAUUGCCAAAAGGAUUUUGUUCCCCUACCCCUAGUUUUACUCAAUUUACUACAUUUUGUUGCAUAUAAAUCAGUAGCAUAAUUUGCAUUAAUUUGAUUUUCCUUGAUAUUUCAAUUAAGAUGAGCUUUAAAAUAUAUUUAGCGUUGUUCUAUAAAAUACAUUAAAGAAAUUGAUACUAUUGAUACAAAUAAUGAAUAAUUAUAAUAAAGUGUAGCUAUCAAAACAGAAAUAUAUAUUUUGUAGAAAAGCUCAAAAAGUGUGAAGACAAUGUUAUCACGACAUUGACAGCAGAGGGGAGACCUUCAGCAUCAAAUGCCUAGCUGCUUCUGUUCUGUAUAUUCGUUUGAGGCUCUCUUUGGUAGGCUAGCAUAUAGUUUGGACAAAAGCAAAACCUGCAAGGUAACCUGUGAAACUACAUUUUAACAAUUAUUUAAAUAAAUAAAUAAAAUUAGAAAGUGCAGUAUGACCUGUGAAAAAAAGAAGACUGUGCAGGAAAAUAAGCUUCCAGUUGUGCCAAUCUUAGAUCUGAGCGGUGCUUUAAGCUGUUUAAAAUAUGCACCUAAUUAGCCUGAUGUAUGUAUAACACAGUAGUGCCCUAAUUAAUAAAAUUACAGUGCUAUUACACAUUA